AUCUCUCAAUUUCCUAAAUCAAAUAAUGUCAGUCCUAAAAGUACUCCAAAACCUAAGAACUCUCAAGAAAUGGCAAAUCCCAAACCCACAUCUUCAUCCUAAAGCUAAAAUUGGAGACACCAUUAUCAACACAGUACUAAUCUCAAAUACUCCCACAACUGUUCUUUCCAACCUUAAUCCCAAUUUAGUUCACCUUAUUUUAUCUGAUCCACGUAUUGACACACCUAAAUGCCUUGAUUUCUUCAAUUACCUUCUCCUUAAUCAAUCUUUAAUUACUUUCAAGAUUGGUGUUGAAACCCAUUUGAAUCUUGUUUGUAGACUUGUUAAAGAAAGAUACUUUGAUGAUGCUGAGAAUCUUUUGGUUUUAGUCCCAAAGAUUGAAACUUUCAGGUGCCCCUUUGCUGUUGUAGCUUCCUUCUUUGAGAAUCACAAUGUUUCGUCAAAGUUUGCUUCAAAAAUAUUCAAUUUGCUUCUUAAAGCUUUAUCUGAUAACGGAAAAUUCCAAGAGGUUAUGGAGAUUUUCAUGUAUAUGAGAUUAAAUGCAAUUGAGAUUAAUGAGAGAACAUGUACUGUUCAUUUGAUUAAGCUUUUAAAAAGCGAUCGGAUCGCAUUAGCGCUGGUUUUCUUUUAUCAAAUGAUUGAAUCAGGUAUUCAGGUUUCAGUAUUUUCUUUGACAGUUUUGGUUGAUGGAUUGUGUAAAAAUGGGGAGAUAAAGAAAGCUAGAGAAUUGGUGGAGGAAAUGCUGUCUAAAGGGGUAAAGCCUAAUAUUAUUACAUGUAAUACCUUAGUGGAUGCUUGUGCUAAGAGAUGGAAUUUCGAAGAAAUGGACAACGUUUUGGCGUUGAUGAAUCGGGAACAUGUCGAUUUAAAUGCCGAGACUUAUAAGUUUCUGGUGGAUGGAUUCUUGAGUGGUGGGAAGAUUGAUGAUGCAGAGAGAUUGAUUUUGGAAAUGUAUGUCAAGGGUUUUAAGGUGGAUAUCCAUUUGUAUAAUUCGAUGAUUAAGGGAUAUUGCAGGCUAGAGAAUACGGAAAGGGCACUUUCAUUAUUCAGGCAGAUGAUUGAGAAAGACAUCUGCCCAAAUAUCGAUACAUACUCAGUUUUAGUAAAAGGUCUUUGUGAUGUUGGACAGGUAAGCAGAGUGAAAGAGCUCGUAGAUAAAAUGGUGGGUCAGGGAGUUGAGUUGGAUGAUAGUAUGUUUGACGUUUUAAUUGAAUGUUACUUCAAGGUCGGAAUGAUAGAGGAAGCUGUUAGCGUACUUGCAUUGAUGGAGAAGAGAGGAUUCAUCGCAGAUAUGUCUGUGUAUGAGCUGAUAAUUGAUGGAUUAUUCAAGUUAGAUCGGACUGAAGAGGCGGUAUCUUGGUUAACACUUUUAAUCAAAAGGGGCAUGUCUAAGCAGAAGUUAGCUACUAUUCCGCUGGUUGAUUAUUUAGGAAAUUCAGCUGCUGAAAUGUUGGUUCACAAACGCAAACAACAAGAAGACAGCUUUGAUACGUCCUUUUACUCUGACACGAUUAGUUUAUGGCUCGGGAAACAGCAUGAUGAUGCUCAUUCUGCAGAAAUGAUGAAUAUUUCAGCAGUAGAAAACGAGUAUAUAAAGGGAAAUGCUGCUUAAAUGGUUGUUCAGAAAAGAAAACAGGCUGGAAAUUAUGUGGGCUUUAAAUUAGCGCCUUUGGGGGUAUUUUCCUUCAAGAACUAUAUACAGAUAAGCUUUCAUGUCUUCGAUGCAAGCUUGAAUAAAUUUGGGUUCUCCUUAAAUGGAGAUUUGGUAUGGGAAAUACAUGCAUUAUUUGGAAGAAGAAGAGACAAUAUACAGAUAAGCUUGCAUCCUAACUGAAAAGAAAACAGGCUUGAAAUGAUGUGGGUCGUAACUUGUAAGUUAACGCCCUUUGGAUGUAUUUUAGUAGCAGUCAAAAAGAAGCAUAAAGUUCACUUGUCAUAUAUACGCCCUUCCCAAAAACAAAUGCGACGGUGUAAGUUGUCACAAAGAUAUAAGUUGGUUCCAUUGGCUUCUCUAUCAACUAGAUGUUCAUUGUUUUGAUCUCGAAAGCCCUACAAAAUCUGCCCAAAGUUUCUAUUAUUUCAUUGACUUGUUUGUAGGUUUUAUACCCCUCUUACUACUUAUUAAAAAAAUCCCUCUUUCUUCCUA